AUGCAGCAUCACCGUCAGGAAGCCCCGCAGCCAGUUGCAACCCAGAUCGCGCUCCAGAUGUGGGUGAGCGUCGUUUCUUGCGCACGCGUCAACCACUCCCCUGACUCCGACACUCGUCUUCGUGUUGGCAGAGCUUCAAACUCUUCUAGCCACUGGUCAAGUAUCAUUAUUCCUCCUAUCGCCUACGGCGCUUCCGCUUCGCCGACCCGAGCCCUUCUCCGACACGCGGACUCGUGCAAUCUGGCACGAAAACCAACAGCCAUCUCCACGGUCGUGACGCCAUUGACGACCAGUACUCGGCACUACAUGCGCAAGUUUGGCAUGCCUGAUUUGGCGAAGAUCAACAGCACAGCCAAACACUCAGCAACAUACUCAGCAAACCCUCCGAUAGCAAUGCCUUCUCGAACCUCAAUAGAGUAUCUUUUGACGCCCACUGCGGCCACGCCGACACUUGAUAGCGAGACGGAGGCUAUGCAAGAAGAUAUCGUCGGACCACAUACCCCGCCCGCUGCUGCUAUGUCACCAUCAAUAGAUUUCCAGCGCCAAUCAGCAGACAUAGAAUCGUAUUCUGACACCAGAGGCCAUGCCACGUCGGCGUGCUCAUUAUUAUCGCCUGCAAAGCUGACAUCCUCCGGGCAACCGACCCUCGACGACAUCAUCUCAGUAUAUACACAGCAGUCUCCAGCCGUCACCUCCUUGAGUAUGGCCCUCCAGGAACAGAUGUUCAGCGGUUACUACAACGCGGGCUCCGGUGGCCUUUUGGCCCAGAUGUGUCCUAUCUGUUUGCAUAUUACGUUCAUGAAUCCUUGUUUUCUACGGUCCAUAUGUGGUCAACAAUACUUCGAGGUCCCUAGCGCAGCAGUCUACGAUUCGGCCUUUCUUCACGCGUCUCACGAUUGCUACUUUGGAUGGUAUGCUGGAUGCGGAACCUGUGUGUCCGAGCCAGUAGAGCAUCGAAUACCGAGCGGCUCUUAUACGGACAGCUCACAUUUUCAAACCGGGCUCGCUGAUGAAUACUUGUCAAACGCGGCUGACUCUUCUCCCGCUAUCUAUGAUGGGCCGCUCUCCCCAUCGUUUUAUGAUCUUGAUGGCCAGCCCAUCUCGCAACAGGGCUUUGCUCUUGGUAACGUCGACGACGGAGGUGUUUUUGGGGAGAACGUUAGACCUACUCCUCUUCCAGUAUCGGUCUUUCCUGAGCAGGUAACCACGUGGAAAGAUUGA